GGGCAAGGCGAUUGAACUCUCUACACUUACUCUCCUUCGUCUUCUCCUUAUAUAUUUCUUUCUCCGGCGAACUCCUUACGAUCCCUUCCUCCGGCGAAUCGGCUUUGUGAACAACACUAUUGGUGAUCUACAGAAGCAAAGCUGACCUUAUUUGGGUUUGCUGAGCAGUUCAAUGGGCACUAUUUUGAAUCAUCCUUAUAUCUAGGGAUAUUUGUAACGUAAAACAGUCAAGAUUCAAAGUUCCUGUAAUUUGUAACUUUGCUACAUUUAUUUGAUCUGUGCAAUUUUGAAGAAGUAUGAUGGCCUGAAACGGAUUGAUGCCUCCCAUGUCUCUUCUUUCCCUCUUGAAUUUAGAAAUUUGUAGAUGUUCAUUGAUUACUAAUUUAGAAAGAAUUUGGCAUCUUUAACUUGUGUUGUUUGAUUGACUGAGCUCUGAGAAAUUCUCUUACUACUUCAUCAAUGGAGAGCUUAGCGCAACUUGAAGCAUUGUGUGAGAGGCUUUACAAUUCACAAGAUUCUGCUGAGCGAGCUCAUGCAGAGAAUACCCUGAAAUGCUUCUCAGUCAAUAGCAGCUAUAUUUCACAAUGUCAAUACAUUCUGGACAAUGCAUCGACUCCUUAUGCAUUGAUGCUGGCUAGUUCAAGCUUGUUGAAGCAAGUGACAGAACAGCGCCUAUCUUUGCAGAUCCGGCUUGAUAUUCGUAACUAUCUCAUAAAUUACCUGGCAACAAGAGGAACAGACUUGGAGCCUUUUGUAACUGCAUCUUUAAUUCAACUGUUUUGCCGAGUUACGAAGUAUGGUUGGUUUGAGGAUGACAGUUUUAGAGAGGUGGUCAAAGAAUCCAUGAGCUUUCUGAAUCAGACAGCAUCUCGUUAUGCAAUUGGUUUGAAGAUAUUGAAUCAACUUGUGUCAGAGAUGAAUCAGCCCAGUCCUGGAUUGCCAUCAGCGCAGCAUCGUAGGGUGGCUUGCUCCUACAGAGAUCAAUCACUUCUUCAAGUAUUCCAAAUAUCCUUGACAUCAAUGGCCCAGCUGAAAAAUGACGUUGCAAUUUCUGAGAAUAUGGUUAGCAGCAAACUACAAGAACUGGCUCUUGCUCUGUCACUAAAAUGUUUAUCAUUCGACUUUAUGGGAACAACGGUUGAUGAAAGUUCGGACGAUUUUAGCACAAUUCAGAUCCCAUCUUCGUGGAAGCAAGUCCUGGAGGACCCAUCGACGGUGCAGAUUUUUUUUGACUAUUAUGAGAUCAAUAAGCCUAACAUUUCAAAGGAGGCAUUGGAGUGUUUAAUCCGGCUGGCUUCAGUGAGGAGAUCACUGUUUACAAAUGACACUUCUAGAGUGAAAUACUUAGCACACUUGAUGACAGGAACCAAAGACAUUAUGCAGACUGGGAAAGGUCUGGCUCAUCACGAUAAUUAUCAUGAGUUCUGUCGGCUUCUUGGACGUUUUAAAGUCAAUUAUCAGUUAUCGGAGCUUGUCAAUGUGGAAAGUUAUGGGGACUGGAUACGUCUGGUUGCCGAAUUCACUUUGAGAUCUUUGCAGUCUUGGCAGUGGGCUAGCAGUAGUGUUUACUACCUUCUUGGACUGUGGUCUAGAUUGGUUUCAUCUGUGCCGUAUUUGAAGGGAGACACACCAAGCCUGCUUAGUGAAUUUGUACCAGAGAUUGUGAAAAGUUUUAUCACAUCAAGAUUUGGUUCCUUUCAGGGAGAAAUCUCUGAUCUCUCAGAGAACCCCCUUGACAAUGUUGACCUUCUUCAAGAUCAGCUUGAUUGUCUUCCUUAUCUUUGCAGAUUUCAGUAUGAGAGUUGUAGCUCAUACAUUAUGCAGAUUACUGAUCCUCUACUGCAGAUGUAUAUGGAAUCCGCUGAUCCCCAGGUUCUUACGGUGGUGGAAACAAAAUUUGCUUGGAUAGUUCACAUAAUUGCAGCUAUUGUUAAGACUAAGCAACUUAGUGGAUACAGUGGGGAAUCUCAAGAAAUCCUUGAUGCAGAACUUUCAGCACGCGUACUGCGGCUGAUAAAUGUUACUGAUAGUGGUUUACGCAGUCAGAGAUAUGCAGAAACGAGCAAACAGCGCCUUGAUCUAGCUAUUCUUGUUUUCUUCCAGAACUUUAGAAAGUCGUAUGUUGGAGAUCAGGCAAUACAUUCAUCUAAGCAACUAUAUGCUAAAUUGGCUGAGCUUCUUGGGCUCCAUGAUCAUAUGCUAAUAUUGAAUGUCAUUGUUGGGAAGAUAGCAACCAAUCUUAAGUUUUAUGGAGAGAGCGAGGAAGUUAUCAGUCAAACACUGAAUCUCAUGUUGGAAAUGGCAUCUGGAUAUAUGACUGCAAAGCUUCUUGUAAAGUUGGAUACUACUCAAUUAAUAAUAUCCAAUCGUAAUAGGGAAGAAUUCCCGUUUUUGGGGGACUUCAGGUGCUCUCGUAGUAGAACUACCUUUUACUAUAUUAUUGGCUUGUUGAUCUUUAUGGAAGAUAGCUUUUUGAAAUUUAAAGCAUCAAUGGAUCCACUUCUACAGGUCUUGCUGAGUUUGGAACUGAUUCUGGAUGCCUUGUUUCGCACUGAUGAUGUUAAGCAAGCAUUAAUUGGGUUGAUGAGGGAUCUCAGAGGAAUUGCAAUGGCUACAAGUAGCCGAAGAACCUAUGGUUUCCUAUUUGAUUGGUUAUAUCCAGCACAUAUUCCCCUUCUUCUUAAGGCCAUAAGAAUAUGGGCAGACACUCCAGAGGUGACAACACCGCUGCUUAAAUUCAUAGCCGAGUUUGUGCUGAACAAGUCCCAACGACUGAAUUUUGAAAUCUCAUCUCCCAAUGGCAUUCUUCUUUUUCGAGAAGUCAGCAAAUUAAUUGUUGCAUAUGGAUCCAGAAUUCUCUCUCUGCCUAGUCACGUGGAUAUGUAUCAGUUCAAAUACAAGGGUAUUUGGAUUUCUUUGACUAUUCUUUCGAGAGCACUUGCUGGUAACUAUGUCAACUUUGGGGUGUUUGAGAUUUAUGGGGACAGAGCGCUAGCAGAUGCUUUUGACAUUUCUAUGAGGAUGGCUCUAUCUAUUCCCUUGGCUGAUAUACUCGCAUAUAGAAAGCUUUCAGGAGCUUACUUCACAUUCCUGGAAAUCAUGAUGAAAAACCAGAUCCAUUUGAUACUAAACUUGGACUCAAGUAGCUUUAUAUUUAUUGCUGGGUCUCUUGAGUCUGGACUUAAAGUUCUGGAUGCAAAUAUCAAAUCACAGUGUGCAUCUGCUGUGGACAACUUGGCUACUUUUUAUUUCGAUCACAUAACAGCUGGAGAGUCACCAACUAACCCCGAGGCUCUUAACCUGGCUCAACAUUUGGCCGAUUGUCCGAACAUAUUUCUUGAAAUAAUGAAGACUCUCUUUGAGAUUGUUCUGUUUGAAGAUUGUGGCAACCAGUGGAGCCUAAGUAGACCGAUGCUGAGUAUGAUACUCAUCAGCGAAGAGAUGUUCUCAAACUUAAGAGCUCAGAUUUUGUCUUCACAGCCAACAGAUCAGCAACAGCGUCUUUCACUGUGCUUUGACAAACUUAUGGCUGAUAUAACUCGAAGCUUGGAUCAGAAGAACAGGGAUAAGUUCUCCAACAAUCUAACUAGAUUCAGGAAUGAGUUCCGGACCAGAUAAGCACAGUGAUAAAAGCAAGUGGUGCAUCCCUUGUACACAAUAAACUUUCUCCCACCUUCCCAAACACAUACAAAAAGAAAAGGGCACAUUUACGCAGAGAGAACAUGGGAAGGGAGAGCCAAGGAAAAAGAAACAACAUCAAGAACAUGUUCAAGAAAAAUGAAAUUGUGAUGGUGGCUGAAGUUUUAUUUCUUUUUUUAUUUGUCCUCAUUGGUGAAAUGCAUUCUGCGAAGUGCUUUCUGUCAUUUUUUGCUAAAUCCGUGCUGUAAUUUCUAUCACAACAGUGUACAGUCCAACUGAAGAUCUUAUUUUUGCUAUUAGAAAUGCAAAAGAUCAUUAGUGUUUUCUGACGAGAAUUUGUAAAUGAGCAUUGUUAACGUGUUAGAUUAUAGGAAUGUGUUGGUGUAAUGGUACCACCAAUGGGGUUUAUUUCGCUUUACUUGAUGCUAAUAGAAGUAGAGCUUGUUUUGCCCUCA